AUGCCCUCUAACCUUGACUCCCCCAAAAUAUUAUCUCUCCCAACCGACCUCCAAACUAAAAUCCUCCUAUUCCUCCCAAUCUUCGACCAAGCAUCAGCCAGUCUAACCCACCCGCUCUGGCAAGAAAUCCUCUCUUCAAAACAAUGUCUAAAAACUCGCUACCCUCUAAGCAGGUACAAUGACAUUCCUCCAAUCCAUCAAAUCCUCGGAGGACCCGUCAUAGCCAAUCAAUACCCCGAAUUCUAUUUCCGAUGUGUAGUCCAGACCAAUGGGUGGGGGGUUACCCACUACGAAGUAGGUCCGUACGGAGAAAUCGGGUACAAAAAGACUCACGAAUGGCGAGAAGAAAUGUUAAAUGAUGGGCCACCUUAUAUAACAGAAUGUAAAUUCCUCGACGAAAAAGUUCUAUCGCCUUUUCUAGAAGAACCUGUCCAAUAUCGUUUAAAAAGAAUAGAUGAAAAAUUCGGUCCCGAUGAAAGACAUCAAAACGACGUGCCGGGCUGGUUCUUCGGGAACGAUAUCUUCUUAACCUGUUUCUUGGAACAAGACGGGAAAUAUGAAUCUCCGCUUGCAAGUAUCGGAAUGGUAUUCCCAUUCACCGAAGCUAACGGCUAUAUCACCCCCUCAUCCUUUAUCGUCAAAAGAUUAAACUUAACACCCGACUUAACCGUUAGGACGAUGGUAGAAAAGAUCGCAUCACAUAUCGGCCAAUCAUUCGAUAAUCUCCGAAGAUUAAAGGCGAUGCUACCGGAGACCAUCAAACUGGCUUUCGUGUUCAACAAGGAAUGUGAGGUUGUGGAACAAACUUUCGGUUGGGGUUUACAUUGCACAAUAUUUUUUACGAAUGAAGGGAUGUAA